CAAAAAUGGUAGAUUUCUGUUGUUAGGCUAAAGAAAGCCGCACAGGUUAAAUAGUUUAUUGGGGAGGACUAUGGUCUGGAAAUAACCUGAAAUCCAGGUUUCACAGAAAUCACGAGCCAUGUCACAUGACGAACGUUUACAAACCAAGCCGGAAGUGGAGUGAACUUACGCACGUCAACCGGAACAGCUGUGCAAGGGCCCCAAAACAGAAAACAUCAAGACAGUAUUUUAGUCUGAAUUAAAGCUGGAUCAAGAUGACUACACCUGAAAAAUACCCUAGGUCUUCUAUUGAAGAUGAUUUCAACUAUGGAACAAAUGUUGCGACAGCGAGUGUGCAAAUCCGGAUGGAUUUCCUGCGCAAGGUAUACACCAUCCUUUCUCUUCAGAUCAUCCUGACCACGGCUACCUCUGCUCUCUUCAUGUACUGUGACACUAUCAAGGACUUUGUCCAUUCAAGUCCAGCGGUUGUGUUGGUGUCAGCCAUUGGCUCCCUGGUGUUGAUCAUUGCCCUGGCCUUCUACAGACAUCAACACCCCAUUAACCUGUACCUGCUUGCCGCAUUCACUCUGUUGGAGUCGGUCUCUGUUGCUACCGCAGUGACCUUCUAUGAGUAUUCCAUCGUGCUCCAGGCCUUCUUCCUCACAGCAGCUGUGUUCCUUGGGCUGACUGCCUACACCUUCCAGUCUAAGAGAGACUUCAGUAAACUGGGAGCUGGACUGUUCUCCGGCCUGUGGAUCCUGAUCAUCGCUGGUUUCAUGAAGCUCUUCUUCCAGAACGACACAGUGGAGCUGUUGUUUGCUGGUGCGGGAGCUCUGUUGUUCUGUGGCUUCAUCAUCUACGACACCCACCUCCUGAUGCACCAGCUGUCCCCUGAGGAGCACGUCCUGGCCUCCAUUAACCUGUACCUGGACAUCGUUAACCUCUUCCUGCACAUCCUCCGCAUGCUGGACUCCAUGAAGAAAAACUGACCUUCUAUUCCCUCAUUUAGUGCACUACACACUAUUACCUAGUUUAGUGCACUACGUUUUGACCAGGGCCCUGUAUAAACGUAGUGCACAGUGAAGGGAAUAUUGUGUGGUUUGGGACUCGGCCCCCCGAUUUAGGUGAUCAGCUGCUUGGCUCACAGGGUGACUUGGGAUCGAUUCAGUUCUCAAUCCAGUAACAUGUUCUUGUAAUUAUUUAUAAAAUCCUCAUAGAAAAGAAAAUGGAUAUUUAUCGAUUCACCUCCAUGAAUUGAAAACUGAUUUGCCCUCCAUCUCUGAUAGUCAACCCUGCUGUAGAUCCUUCCAGUGAUUGUGAAACAUUAACCCCUGCCGUCUAAGUUUAACCCCUGGAGAUAAUAUUAUAUUAUAACCUGUGCCAUUUUGUUUUUUAGCAUUUUGGAACUGGCUGUGUUUUGGACUUAAUGCUGUUUUUGUUCUUAUACUGUUUAUUAUUCUGAAUGUAAAACAAACAAAAUAAUCAUAUUUAAUUGUGGGUUGCUCGCUCAGUGAAUGAUUCCUUUCUGAAUAUUCAGGCAUACAGAUUACAGAAGGUUGUGAUGGUGUAAGAAAAAGCAGAACACAUUUCUUAGGAAAGUACUUCGUUCUACUUUA